CAUAUACUAAUAAUUCCCCUCCCCCUUUCCCCUCCCCCUUCCUCUCCCUAUCUUCCUUGUUUCGCGUUCACUCGCUUGGUUCGUGCUAUCUCUUCGUUUUCAGAAUGGCUGCUGCUGCCCCUUCUUCGAAACUGGAUGGCAUCCAGAAACCGGCCCUUCCCACCCCCCAGGGGCCCCAGAUGAGCGGCCUUAACCUGUACUCGAGAUUCGCCUUUGCUGGCGCUGUCUGCUGUUCAGUUACCCAUGGCGCCCUCACACCUGUCGACGUCGUCAAGACAAGAAUCCAGCUUGAUCCAAAAACCUACAACAGAGGCAUGAUUGGGGGAUUCAAGCAGGUCGUUCAGAAUGAAGGAGCCGCGGCUCUCUUGACCGGUUUUGGCCCAACUGCUGCCGGUUACUUCCUGCAGGGGGCCUUCAAGUUCGGAGGUUACGAGUUCUUCAAGAAGCAGUCCAUCGACUUCCUUGGCUACGAGACUGCGGCCAAAAACAGAACCGCCGUCUACCUCGCCUCGUCUGCGCUUGCUGAAUUCUUCGCUGAUAUCGCUCUCUGCCCCCUCGAGGCUACACGUAUUCGUCUCGUUUCCCAACCCGAAUUUGCUUCUGGCCUAAUGAGUGGAUUCGGGAAGAUCCUCAAGAACGAAGGAGUUGGUGCUUUCUACUCUGGUUUCGGUCCUAUCCUUCUGAAACAGGUUCCAUACACUAUGGCCAAGUUCGUCGUUUUCGAGAGAGUCUCGGAGGCUUUGUACCGUCAAUUCGAUAAGGAAACUCUCUCCGAUGGGGCCAAGACUUCUAUCAACUUAGGAUCUGGUCUCAUGGCCGGUUUCGCUGCUGCUAUUAUCUCUCAACCCGCCGACACCAUGCUUAGCAAGAUCAACAAGACCGAAGGCCUUCCAGGUGAAGGAAAUAUGUCUCGCUUGAUCAAGAUUGCAAAGGAACUCGGACUCCGGGGUAGUUUUACCGGUAUUGGCGCUCGUCUCGUCAUGGUUGGUGCUAUCACUGCUGGUCAAUUCGGUAUCUACGGUGAUAUCAAGCGCGUCCUUAACGCCACGCAAGGCGUCGAAUUGAAAUAGAUUAGCCCUUGAUUCCUUGGUUACCCGAUAUCCACCACCCACCGUUUCGUUCAACUCUUUCGAUGCGUUAACCUCCUACAAUACCCGGUCUCAACCCAUUGUGUGACCUCUCAUAUAUCCCUAGCAGGUCCAUCCGGGAUGUAUAUUUUUUUCUUUUUUAUUCGUCGUGUGGGUUUUUCAUGUGUCAGUACUUUUUUGAUAUAAAAAAUGAAAAGUAAUGAAAUGCCAGAUAGACAAAGCUGCUACUUGUGUUGAAAGAACCAUGUCCCCAUAUAAUUCAGCCUUCAUUUUUUUUUCUUUUUUUCGUUUGUCUUCGUUUGUCUCUCUUGGUUUUCACAAAAUUAGCAUGUACUAUCUGCCUUUCUUCUUUCUUCCUCUACUAUCUGGUCUUCCUUGUCAGUUAUUUUAUUAGAGGACAAUUUUCUAUUGUAUCUAUAGAUAGAGGGUGUUGGAUCCCUGGUUUUUCAAAAGGACUCUUGUGCUUUUCCAUAUGCCAUAGAUAGUGUGUUCAUAGAUUCUCACAUCUGUUUUGUCACUGUCAUUUGCAUUCAAGACUAUGAUCCUUUAGAAAAUUGUACGUUAUUUGCCUCAUGAC